UAAAAAAAAGAGAGAAAAGAUACCAAAGCCUACUCCACCUAUAAAUCCUGGAUUAUUUUUUUCCUCUUCUUUGGGAUAGACAGUUGUGAAUUUUCCAUUAGAAGCCUACAAAGAAAAAGCAAUGAUCAUCAAAAAGAAGGAAAUACCCGCAACCCUCAUCUUGUGUGCUGUUUGAAUAGAAACUGUGGGUGGGUUGAAUUAGUUCUGAAAUGAACUCUCGUGUUGAGUACUCCAAUUUUGGACAAACAAGCAAGAAAACUUCUGCUAACAGCAUGUUUACUUUCGAUGCAUCUGGGCGCACGUCCAGCCGUUGUGAGGGUGCUAACGUGAACGGGAUUUACUCCUAUCCCGUCCCCACGACCUCUGCGCAACGGGAGGAGAUCAGAACUAGGCUGCGUGGCAACACGGAUACUCUGCUCCCUCCCGGAACACAGAUAGGCAUGCUCUCCAGCGUUUCCCCCGUAGAGGAGAGUGGACUCGGCUACGGACGAGGCGCGGACAGAGACCCGGAAAGAAGCGCAAAACUCGGAGGUAACAGGAGCCAGGAGGGCAGCCAAAAAGCGGAAAGCGCACAGACAGUGAAAACAAACGCAAAUGCGCACCAGCUUCAGGAUAGUGAACAGCGGCCGCAGAUUUAUCCCUGGAUGACAAAACUGCACAUGAGCCACGAAUCGGAGGGUAAGCGUUCCCGGACCAGUUACACCCGCUACCAGACUCUGGAGCUGGAGAAAGAGUUUCACUUCAACCGCUACCUGAGCCGCCGCAGGCGCAUAGAGAUCGCCAACAGUCUGUGCCUAAACGAGAGGCAGAUCAAAAUCUGGUUCCAGAACAGAAGGAUGAAAUGGAAGAAGGACUCAAAGAUCAAAGUAAAGGAGUAAAACAGGCGAUGCAGCACUUUUUUUUCAACAGCCCUACACUUGCACAGCAGUGCUGGAGUUGCUCGCUUGACCUACGGAUGAACCGCUAAGGAGCAAUGACAUCAUGACACGGCUCUGUGUGCUUCAUCACCAAUUAUGUGUCACUUUCUGCGGUUUGGAACCUAAUGUAUUGAAUAUCGCUCACUAUGAUCAAUCGGUUUACAUUUCUAAAUUAAUUUGCUGCCUAUGCGAUGAUAACCCCACUUUACUGCGCAAAAAGCUGGGCUCUGGCGGGAGCUGGGUCCUUCAAGGCUUUUGACCCGCAUUGCGCUUGAAAAAGCUGCACAACGUUAUUAAUAUGUGUUCAUAGUAUAGGGGACAGAGUAAUGACUGAGAGUUCAUCAUUUCCAACUUCUUAAGCGUGUAAUUAAAAAGUAAGGUCCAUGAGUAAAAAAAAUAAAAUAAAAUUGGUUAGGUUGAAACCUGUUUUCCUUCUUCGUCAAAUAAAUCAGGAUUUUGUCUGAUGUGUUUAGUGUGCAGUUUGUCAUCCAUGUUGUCUGUCAUAACCUUGUGAGUGUGUUUGAUAACACUGAAAUGUGCAAUGCAGCAUUAUUUGUUUCCCAUAGUAAACUACAGGUGCCUGAUGCACACAAGGCCUGAUUGAUGGCCAGUUUGUUGAUUGUAACCAAUA